AUGUCCGGCCUGGAAAUUCUGUUACCGAGUGGUUCUACUGAAAUUGCCGGAGUAAGAAGUCAGAUUGAAGGUAUAGAAGACUUGUGGAAACAUCCGGAUGUUGAGAAUACCAUAAGGAUGGGGCUCAAGGGAGACUACGAUGUCUUCAUUGCUAUAGUCCAGGAGAUGAUUGGAUUCAUGAAAGAGAUCAUGGAAAUAUUGGGUGUUAGUGAAAACAGUAAGCUGAAGCAACAUAUGAAGAUCAAGUUUGCUCUUAGAAAGGGCGAACUCAAAGACCACUUUGAAGACCUAGAAAGAACGAGUAGGUCGCUGAGUCGACUCUCCAAACAAGCGCUCGAACUGGAGGCAACCGCCGUCUUCGCAAGCAAGUAUCAGCGUCCCGAUCUCAACGUGGUUCGAGAGUGUGCCGAGGGCGAGGGAGGAGUCGCUAAGGAGGUUCAAGAACGGGAAUCGAAGAAGCGCAGGAAGAAGGGGGUGAGGUUCGCCGCCGAAGCCAAGGAGAUGAUUUCGUCAAUUCAAGAACCCACCUUCCACUCUACUCCAGGGCCUAUUCAAGACUUGUGCAUGUCAAUAGGAGGUCUUCAGAAAGAGCAGCGUAUUGGGUGUUUCGGGUUCUUGAUGGAUGCUGAAAAGAAACGCAAGUGCUCGAUAUACAGCGUUCCAUCAGCGAUGAUGAAACUGAAUAUUGCCCUUAUUGUAGCGCCCAGUGUGUUGCAAUUAUAUCAGACUCCGUGGCUGGACGAGACGUGGGGAAAGGAGGAUAUUCUCUUCAUGCAGCGGCCGGGAGGCGAAGUCAUAUUAGCUCCGUUCGUUUCUCGUCAAUUCUCGACAGCUCCAAGUACGCGAGAUGGUACUACGCGGUGCACAAACAUUGCAAGGAAUAGACUGGUCCGAAAUACAUGGCUUUUCGCACUCGGCGUCCUCCUCAUCGUGCUGUGCUAUGGCAGAUCGUUAGAGGAUCUUCGAAUCCCAGAGGAUGGCGGCGAUGAUAGUGGCGUUGCAAACUGGGACCUCUUCGCAGCCUUCCGCCUUAGGAAGGAUGAAGGGAUUUUCUCAGAAGCGGGCGGACGGUAUGGAGAUGCGGUCCGACGCUGUAUCCGUUGUGACUUCGAGCAAAGAGUUACCGAUCUCGAUACCAAGGAGUUUCGAGUGACGGUGUAUGACAGAGCGAUUGUUUCGCUGGAAGAAGAUUGGAGACAGUUCCGGGCGAUAGCUUGA